GGGCGGUGUUUUAUACGGGACAAGGAAGGACCCAACGCUGCCAUUCAAGCUAAAAUUUCUACUAGUUGGUGCGGGGCCGUCCCAAGGAGCAUGGGAAUAGUGUCAAAGUGUAAAUAUAUGUCGUGGCCACUGUUUUUGGAGUAGUAGGCCUGCCUGUUUGUGGUAAUCCCGCCUGCCGUCCUGAGCGCUGUCUGCAGCGGUAGUGUAGAUGCCUUGGCUGAGAUGAGUGUGAAGGCUUUUGAGCUAGUCCCCGCUGUGGAGCGAGAUCUCCUCAUGGGUGACAAAGCUCGCAUCAACAUUGAGUGCAUUGAAUGCUGUGGAAAGAAGUUGUAUGUGGGCACCAAUGACUGUUUCAUCCACCACUUUCUGCUGGAUGAGGUCACGUCCUCCAAAGGGAAACUGAGUUACUUGGCUCAAAAGAAGCUGCACAAAUACCUGGGCCUCAAGAAACCGGUCGCUGAGCUGCGGGCUGCUUCUGCUUUGGAGCGUCUGAUAGUGCUUUGUGAUGGAAUAGUGUUCCUCGUCGACAUGGAGACAUUAGAGACUGUGCCCUCGGCGGCAGGAGGUGGAGCCAAGAUCAGAGGUGUGGCAGAAUUCUGUAUUAAUGAGAACCCGGUGAAUGGUGAUCCGUUCUGUGUGGAAAUGGGCAUACUCUCCUCCAAGCGGCGGACAGUCCAGAUUUACAUGGUGUAUGUGGACAGAGUCCAGCUGGUCAAAGAGGUGACCACUCCUGAGCAGCCCUGUGCCCUUAGUCUUGAUGGUUACUUUUUGUGCCUGGCCCUCUCUACACAAUACAUGAUCGUGAACUACAACACAGGAGCCUCCCAAGAUCUCUUCCCUUACAACAGUGAAGAAAGGAGACCUAUUGUGAAGAGGAUCAGCAGGGAGGAAUUCCUCUUAGCAGCACCUGGUGGUCUGGGAAUGUUUGCCAAUGCAGAAGGGGUAUCUCAGCGGGCUCCUGUCAACUGGUCAGAGAGUGUGAUUGGUGCAGCUGUUUGUUUUCCAUAUGUGGUGGCCUUGGAUGAGAGCUUCAUCACCAUCCACAGCAUGUUGGACCAACAGCUAAAACAGACCCUUUCAUUCAGGGAUGGACACAUUCUGCAAGACUUUGAAGGGAAGGUCAUUCUGGCUUCCACUAAGGCAGUGUAUGUCCUGGUACCCCUGCCGCUUGAGAGACAGAUACAAGACUUACUGGCCAGUCACAGAGUGGAGGAGGCGCUCACCCUCACAGAGGGAGCACAGAGAAAUAUUCCCAAAGACAAGUUCCAGAUUUUGCACAAAAGAAUCCUCCAGCAGGCAGGUUUCAUAAACUUUGGCCAACUUGAGUUUCUAGAGGCAAAAGAACAUUUCAGGAAGGGUCAGCUAGAUGUGCGGGAGCUAAUAUCUCUCUACCCGCUACUGCUGCCAGCUUCCUCGUCAUUCACACGCUGCCACCCUCCUCUCCACGAGUUUGCAGAUCUCAACCACCUGGCACAGGGUGAUCAGGAAAAAGUGCUGCGAUGCAAGAAAUUCCUUAUCACUUACUUGGGAGAGGUACGGAGCACAGAGGUGGCAAAUGGCUGUAAAGAGGAUGUGGACACAGCACUGUUAAAGCUGUAUGCUGAACAGGACCAUGAGAGCCUUCUAGACCUGCUAGCUACAGACAAUGCCUGCGUGCUGGCAGACAGCGUCCCAUGGCUAGAAAAAUAUCACAAAUAUUUUGCACUUGGGCUGCUCUAUCACUCUAACGGUCAGGAUUCAGCAGCACUUCAGUUGUGGAUUCGCGUGGUAGAUGGGGAUCUGCAGGACUCCACAAGAUCUGACCUUUAUGAGUACAUUGUGGACUUUCUCUGCUCCAUCUCCAAUCUGGAUCUUGUAUGGAAGUAUGCAGACUGGGCCUUGCAGAAGGAUCCCACCAUAGGCGUCCACAUCUUUACUAAGAGACCUCUCUGUAAGGAUCAGUCACAAUUGAAACCUGAUGAUGUUAUCACUUACCUGGGAAAGCACAGCCAGGCGCUGCUUCUCUACUUGGAAUACCUGGUGCUGGAGAGAAGGAUACAGAAAGAGAAGUUCCACACACACCUGGCUGUGUUGUACCUGGAGAGGGUCUUGUCACUGUUGUCAAAGUCGCCAACAGAUGAAGAGAAGCUAACUAGAGCUAGAGAGAGGCUCCAAGCCCUGCUCAGGGAGUCCAACCUAUACCGUGUACAGUUUCUUUUAGGUAAGAUGGAGAACUGUGAACAACUGCUGCUAGAGCGUGCAACACUACAUGGAAAACUGGAGGAGCAUGAUAAAGCAUUGCACAUAUUGGUGCACAAACUCAGAGACUUCUCGUCUGCUGAGGCCUUCUGUAUAUGGGCCUCAUCUUGUCGGGAUUCUGCUUACCGACAGCAGUUGUUUCACCUGCUGCUGGGGGUUUAUCUAGAUGGGAACCUUCCUGGAAAAUCCCAGACAGCAACAGGAGGUGGCAGUGGAGAUCUGGAGAUGGCAGCAGUGGACCUCCUAAAUCGUCAUGGCGAGGUGUUUGAUGCAGUCCGUGUCCUUCGCAUGCUCCCUGAAAACUGGUCACUGCAGCUGCUGCGGCCCUUCCUGGGUCGAGCUGUCAGGGCCAGUAUGCAUGCCUGCCGCACCUCCCAGAUUGCUCUGGGGUUAGCCCACUCUGAAAACCUUCAACUGCUGCAUGACAGGUUGAAAGAGCGCAAGAAACCCAUCAUUGUGUCUGAAAAGAAGGGAUGCCACCUGUGCCACAACACCUUCAGUGAUCCCGAUGUGGUGUGUCUGCCAGGUGGAGUACCUGUCCACACUCACUGCGUCGCCCAGAGAGUAAGAGACUCUCCCACUAAGAGACAAUUAACUAAUAGCAGUAACCAUACGUGAGACUUGAAACUGUCAUGUGACCUGUGAUCGGAGGCACCAAACUAAAGCAGGACGUGCUGAGAUUUUGGAUAACUGAGGACUGAGGGGGUAAAAAAAAGCACAGAACACACAUUGCCAUAGUAGAAUCUGCUAUGGAGUUAAUGAGAAACACAGAGAAAGCUGUGCGAGUGUGAGUGUGUGUGUGAGAGGGAGAAACAGAUGAUUUCAGCUAUUUAUUGCCACAGUUAUACCACACUUUCAGACUGCAAGUUUUUAUAGAAGUAAAAAACCAACAGCUAAGUCACCCUGCCCUUUAAUCCAUUUAAACAGAGAAUUAAUUAAAGAUGGGCUCUUGUCCUUUUCUGUGGGUCGAAUACUGAGCCUGUCCUUGUCUUCGCUCGCACUGUUUUAAACCUAAAUUUGAGAAACUGCUUGGACUACAGAACACACUGUAUUUGAAUUCUGUUGCAUUUCUUAAGCAUGAAUAAUAUAACUUGCUCAUUGCAAUGUUAGGUUUUAAUGUGAGACUCAUCAGUAUUGAUGGAAAAAGAGUGUUUUAUGUCCGUCUUUGAGAUCUGGUCUCACUGCUGCUUUAUUUUCCCUUUGUUAUAAGAGCAAGGGAGGUUAUAGUUAUAGUAAUUCAAUUAGUGACUUACCAGCAGCAAUUUGAUACAAACCUAUUAGAUUAUGAAUGUCCUGAUAUUGGGGUUAUUGUCUGUAGAUCAACAGUGUAAAACACUACAUGAAAUCUUGCAUUUCGCUUACUAAUCAUCAUUAAGUGUGACUGGAGACUUGGAUCAGUACUCAAACUACAUCAGGGGUCAAUCUGAUUGACCUUCUAAAUCAAAUAUUCUUUAAUGAUAAUAUGUCACUAUACACAAGUGAAACAUGAAAGCAAAUUUUAUGACUAAGUUAUAGAUGGCACACAAUGUAAAGUGAAAUGAAACAUGAAAUCAAGCUUCAGGAUUUUUGUCUCAUUUUGAGUGACUACUAGUCAUUAAAUAAAUCUAGAGGGAUCUUCACUGCCCUCCUGCCAUCAUGGAUCCACUUUGUUUGGUUAAAUAUUUAGGAGGGCCACAAAAAGAUAUUUUUAAUUUACUUCAGGUGGGGAAAGGAGAUAAAUUGUUCCAAAGAGCUGAAUAAACCCUGUCAAUUUUCACAAGAUAAUUAGUUUUUAUCUGUUAUUACUAUCUGUGAGAAAUUCACUUAUCUUUUUCAGAGCUUACAUAUUGUUAUGAAUUUUUGUUUAAGCUGUAAAAAAGUAUGUGACCACAAGAUGGCAGUAAUGUGUAAAGUUUUUGAAACAAAUGCAAUGAACCACAGGUGGAGCAUUAUGGAAAUAACUUUAUCGUAUUCUUUACUAUUCUACUCAGUGCCCUGAAUAUGCCUUUUGAAUAAUGGGGGAAAAAACAAUUUAAAGCUGGUUGGAACAAAUCUUCCAAAUGUUCUCCAUUUUGUUCCUUUUGUUCCACAAUCCAUCAACGCAUACCCUGGUCUUGGUGUAAAGGAAAUGCUAUGACGGUCAUGGUCAUUGGUAUGAAGCCUCCAGACUAAAUGCUUCAUGUUGACGAGGAUGCAUUUCCUCCACUCUCCUUAUGAAAGUAAUGAAUGAUUGUCAAAGAAAAUGGUUUUAUAAUGCACAUAAUGCACUGCACAUGACACUUAAACCUUUUCUUUAAUGUUUGGGAAUUGUGAGAGGACUAAAAAACAGUUUCAUCCAUAAUUUUGAUGGCCCAAGAAAAUACAGCUUCAUACAUCUCAGCUGUCAUAACUGCUUCCCUCAUAAAUGCUGGGGUUAUGGCUUUAACCUUUUAAUCCUGACACCUCUUGCAGAAACAGAAGUCAGCCCUAUUCUAUCAUAAUGAAGCCCUAGAAUUCUUUACAGACUUGUCAUCACAGAGCACUGCUUUGUCUUUUUAGUGCUUUCCAAAUAUUAUGUAUGUGUCAGUUAAUAAUAAAGGGCAGCUUGGACUUGAUAAAUGUUUCUCCCAGACACACAAAACUAAUGGCAGGUGCAUAAUGUGUUUGUGUCGCUCAACUGUGUGAACAGUCAAAUUCAGGGACACAUUCCUCAGUGUCCACUGGAGGUGAUGCUUUGCUAAAAUAAAAAGUCUAAGUCAAACUAUUUCCCUUUGAAAAACCGAGGUUAUCCAAGGUGGCAGAGGACGCAUGAAUUGCAUAACAGAGCACUGAGAGAAAACACAACAUUGUCAUAUAAAGCUGCUGUACAUCGAAUACACUCUUAAAUCAGUGCAGCUCCAUGUUUUCUUUUUCAUAUUUAACACUUGUCUCUCGUCCUUGAAAUGUGCCACUGUCUGAAGAUGCCCAUCCAGAUUUAGUUAAGAUCAGAAGACGUAAAAAUGAAUCCUCCCCCUUUACACACUACAAAUUAUCUGCAAGAUAUUCAUCCAAAUUAGUUCUGAAAGAGAGAAAUUGUUCAGGAUUCCCAAAUCAAGCCUCUAAGGACUGUAACUUUUUUCAAAAGAAAAGAUAGUGUCCCUCCCUAAAUGUUUAAUUUUAACCUUAUAUUCAAUUGUCCAACGGAUCAAAACACAUCACUGUUGUGGGGUUUGCUUGUUUCUCUGGUGCCUGUGCUGUUGAUGCUAGCCUUCUGUAAUUGCAAGCAAAAAUUUCUUUUGGGGACUUUGUGCAAACAUGGGACUAUUUUUCUAACAUGGAGAUCUGAAUAUUGUAUAUACUGUCGGUUGACUUGCUUUCCAUGACAGAAAUUCACAGCUUAUAUACAGCAUCUUUCUGUCCAAACAAUUUGUGUGUAGCUUGCUUAAAGGUCCUCCUAACAAUGACUUCAUGUAAUAAUAAUAAUAAUAAUAAUAAUAAUAAUAAUGAUAAAAAUACAGUACAUUUGUGAAAAAAAUG